AUGCAAGCCGCUGACAUCGGGUAUGGUUCUUCAGUCGUCACCUCUGCAACUUUGACAUCAAGUGUCGUUGAACCCACUGUGUCUACCUCUGUUGAAUCUGCUGUCACUGAGACGUCAACUUCGACCGAGUCUUUGGUCACUGAUACUGCGACAACUGCUGCGGACUCAACCACUGCUGACCUGACAACCACUGCUUUGACCGCCACGUCUGCCGAUUCAACAACACUCUUUACAACAGAGACUUCCGCUGCUACAACCGAUUUCUCGUCCACCGAGACUACAGCCGAUACAACCACCGCCGACGCAACAACCACAACAUCCGACGCCCCUCCCGUUAUCACCACCUUCGCCAUCAUCGCCGGCUCCGGCCCCGCAGCAAACCGCAACCUCAAAUCCGACAACCUCGUCGGUGGUCUCCUCUACCUCGGCUCAGGCAUCACCCUCCCCGCGCAGCACUACAAUUUCGAUGCCACCACAGGCCAGAUCAAAUCCGGCUCCGUGUCCCUCUGUGCAACGUUCCAAAACAGCGACACGACCAAGGCCUACCUCUCCCCAUGUACCAGCGCCAAUGAGAACCCUAACAAGGGCGUCGUGUUCCUGGACUGCCAGGUCCCUGCUGAAGGAUCUGCCCUGCAGUGUAGUGUUCCGGUGCUGAGCUGUGUGCAGCAAGGUGGUGGUGUGCAGACUUGUGAUGCGACGACGAGUACUUUGAGCCAUUUUAGUAUGGAGGGUGAUGUCGGGAUGGUGUAUAUUGUUGGUGAUGGGUUUACGGGUGUCAAUCAGACGCCUGUUGAUCUGAUUGUUGACCAGGCGGAGGCUGCUGCUCCGACACCUUGA